UUUUAAGUUUAUUUUGCCUUUUAAAUUUAGAAAUGGAUUUGUCAUUAAAUCUUAAUGGUUUUGGAGAUAAACCAUUAAUUCCAAUUGCGGAUUUGAAAGAAGGAGGAAAAUAUUCCAAGGAAGAAGUGGAAGGCCGUAAUAAAUUAGCUACGCUAUACCGACUUGUAGACUUGUUUCAUUGGUCUCAGGCUAUCUACAAUCAUAUCUCUGUCAGUUAUUUUCUCAAUGUCUUUCUCAAUUCUUUUUUUUAG